GAUCAGUGGUGCCUAGGAAGCCUAAAGGAAAGCCAGUUUGACACCGCGUGCCAGGUAUCUGCAUCCAAAUGGGCAGUUCGAACAGCAAGAAGCUUCAAAAGGAGCCGUCGGAGAGGACUCGGGCCAACGGCACAGACCCCGGCACCAGUUCUGAUAGCUUCGUCGAUAUCCUGACAGACGCAGACGUGGAACUGGCAAGCGAGCCGGAGCCAGACCCAGACCCUGAGCCACAGCCAAAUCCUGAGCCGGAGCACGAGCCCAGUCCGCCGCCGCAACCAGAGCCCGCGGGCGACCUGCACGUAUUGGUGGACUCGCCGUCGCCGUGGGUGUGCGUGCACCCGCGCCAUCGCCUAGCGGGCCGGCCGAUCGAGCUGCCCGUCAAGCUGCCGGCGCUCGCCGGCCCCGGGCCGCCGUACGCCGCGUGGGUCAAGUCGUCGCAGGUGAAGGCGGCGGACGUGCUGCCCUACGUGGUGCGGGCGAGCGGGACCGAUCAGGGCCCCGUGGUCGGGCGCGCGCACUGCGCGGGCUUCCUGUUGCCGGCGCGCGUCGACCCCAACAUGUUCUGCGCCUUCGUCGGUUGGGACGGCGACGUGCACGUCACCUACACCUUUGAGGUGCUGGUGGUGCUGCGGGGCAGAGUGGAGUGGCUGCGGGCGGUGGAAGGCGACUCUCCGGCGUUCGCGCUGCCUGUGGGGCUGGGGGUGGACUGCGAGCCCGUCUACGUGGGGCGCGUGUUCAGAGCCUCGCGCUGGUACUUGGGCAGAGUGAUCCUAAGUGAAGGCGCAUGUAUGGUGGUCGAAGAGGGCGAGGAGUUGGCCUUCAAAGAGUAUGAAGUGCUAGUUAUUACGCCAUGAGAAGCCACCCCUACACAGCUGGUAGCAGUAAUGGUAAUGGACGGAACAACCUGGCAUGGAUUGCAUACCGUGAAACCUUCAGAAAUGAUUUCGAUCAUAGAAGUGAACCUCUUUUGUAAAUGAUUAACAAUUUCACGAUUAUUUUAUUCCUCUCGUCAUAAUUUAAUGAUCAAAUUAUGCACUAAGAAAAUUAUUUCAAAAUAUUUUUUUAAAAUGAAUUACGUAGUGUGAAAUGUUGAAAAUUAAAACAAUGAUCUACAAUGUGUAAAAAUAUUGUUACAUACUCUUCGUUUGUAGACUAAUAUUAAAAUAAUAAUGAACAAUGACUGAUUUUAGGAUAAAAUACAUUUCGAACAAAUGUGACAUUACAUAUUUAACCACAUAUUCUAAAUUACACACCAAUACUAAGUGAAUCAUAAUCGUAUAUUUCAUACAAUACUAUUCCAUAUUAAAAAUUGAUAGUUCCUGCAUAUCUGCUAACUUCAGCAUACCUUUAGUAGCGGCAACUGUUCAUGUAAUUCAUGAUGGUUCCGUAUGUAAUUUGGCAAUUUCUAAAUUAAUUUGUUAUGACUAGUUAUCGAUUUUAAAUUUAAUUGUUUUACGUAUGUUACAUGGAAUUGGUAUUUGGUGAUGCCAUUACUGAUGGAAAUAAAAAAUUGACAAACCCUACAA